AAUCCCACUAUUGUAGACAGUAUAUCUUUUGUUCCUUUACACCAAAGCAACCGAGUACCCCCCAUAAACCCCAACACCACCCCUCCUUUCAUCCCCAAAACUACUAUAUAAACGCCUGUCUUCCACUUGCUCUAUGUUCCUUCAAUUCUUUGGGGAAUCACUGAAGCUUAGAUAAAUAUUCAUUCACAUAUAUAUUUCUCUAAGCUUUCUUCUCACCCCAGAAAAAUUACUGAAAAAAAAAAUGGAUUCAAUCCAAGCACAAAAGCUCGAAGCCAUGAAAAGCUACAAGAGGGCUCAGUUAGUGUACAACCUAAUUGUCUACUCUCUCACAGCCUUCCUUUCUUGUUUGUUUUAUUUGUAUCUGUUCUGGUUCCCUUCUCUCUCCAUGAACCAACUUCUAUCCGUUUUGCUUCCCAAUAUAUAUGCCCUAAUUAGCCCUAAUAAGCUGUUGUUUGUAUUGGGAAACCUCAUAGUCCUCUUCCUCAUAGUAUCAUCCGGUUCACACCAUUCGUCGUCGGCUUCCUCGCCGGCUGACGAAAUCUACAAUGAGUAUGUACGAAGAAGCCGAAGUAUGAAUAAGGAGAUGCACAAGAAAAAUAAUGGGAUUAUUCAUAGGAAAAAGAGUGUUAAAAUGGAUCAUUAUCAUGCCGCUGCCCGUGUGGAUUCGAUUAAGAAGGUAACAUUGGAGAAAAAAGAGAAGGAAAUAGAAGUUGAUAACAAACAUAUUGGUGGGGAGGUUGAAGUUGUUCAUGAUCAUAUUGUGGGAGAAAAUCAUGAUCAUGAUGAAGUUGUGACUAAUGAGGUGGAAAAGCUAAUUAGCGGUAGAGUACCAGAAGAGAUCAGGCAAGAUGCACUAGCUGUUGUAGUUAGGGAUGAAGAUCAGUUGAAGAGAAGAGUUGAAGAUUUCAUUGCUAGGGUUAACAGACAAAGGAUGCUUGAAGAAAGCCGAAGUCGCUGAUUGAUAUCCCUAGCCAAAAAAAUGGAAUUCUAAAAAAAAAAAAAAAAGGAAACAUAAAUUGAUGAAGAAAUAAACAAGAAAUUAAUUUCCUACAUGUACGUACUGACGAGAGUUAGUUAUGUGGAUAAUCAAAUUAAUGAAAGGAUGACUGUACAUAAAUAUGAAUCUAAUAAUAUUGCUUAUUUUAACACGAUAUCUGUGAUUUUUAGAGCAAUCUCAAAAUAUCAGUGGAAAGAGGAAACUUCCUUAGGGAGCAUGCACUAAAAAAUUGAAAGGUCAUGAUCUAAGACUGGAACUUGCACGAAGUUGAAUCGGAUUUUGAAGUGUUAAAGGAUAUGAUGAAUUCGGAAAUGGUAUAUUAUGCAGCUUAUGCUCGAUCACGCUUAUGAAGAAACCAAAAUAUACUUCGUGGAUCCAAAAUGCAAACAAUGUGUAGUGUUGUUAGCUGGAUUAUCUUGUGUUUCACUUCGAUGAGCUAAAAAGCUUUUUUGGGAAUUAUAAGUCGAUGAAAUUAAGAAAAAAAGAGUAUUUCUUCCUUGCUUCCGG